AUGCCUACGGAAUAUGAAGAGGGCACGUCGAAAAACGUGGUCACCGCGUGUGGAAAAUUUCCCGCGGCAGACCCUGAAGAAGAUUUUGUGGGGUACAAAGACCGCGUGGAACAGUAUUUCAUCGCCGGAAGUGUUCCAGAAUCAUUGAGAGUUGCGUCAUUAAUCGCUAAUAUGUCCAACGAAGUAUAUAAAACCCUCAAGAAGCUUUCUUACCCGAAAUUGCCCAGCCAGAUGACUUUCAAAGAAAUUAUGGCGCUUUUGGGUCAUCAUUAUAAGAAGACAGUGAAUAUCCGCUCUGAGAGGUUUAAAUUUCACCAAGCAAAUCAGCAGAUUGGUGAAAAUAUUAGCGAUUAUAUUCUACGACUCCGUGGGUUAGCCGAGAGCUGUGAAUUUGGAGAGUAUUUGCCAUCUGAAACAAAAGAUUGCGCAAAACUGAAGCAGCUUGCGCUCGAAGACAGUCUAAUGGACAGAUUCGUCAGUGGUCUUCGCAGUGAAUAUAUUCAGCAGCAAGUCCUGGCAAGUGAAAAAGCUAAUUUCAAGGAAAUGUGUGAAUAUGCAUUGAACUUGGAAAUGGCGUCUAAGGAGGAGAAGAACAUUCACGGGGAGCAAAAUGUCCAAAAAGUCUCUACAAAGUCACAUCAUGGCGGUCGUCAUAACCAAAAUGGCGCUAAGCCGAAGUCCAAAGUGAAGACAUCCGUUGGUAGAGCAGCAGAGGCACCCACCAAAAGUGACAGCAAAUCGUUGUGUCGUCGCUGUGGAAAGUAUUCCCAUGACUCGGAUAAAUGUCCAGCCAAGGAUUGGAAGUGCUUUGUUUGUUCGAAGAAAGGACACACAUCAAAAGUUUGUCGUGAUAAGCAGAGUUCCAGCAAGGGGAGUGUCCAGUAUAUCACCGAGAUAACCGGAGCAUCGCUUGAGCAUCGUCCGGAGACACUUACGCUGAAGAUUGAGGGGGAACCGGUGACUAUGGAGGUGGAUUCAGGAUCGGGGCCGUCACUUCUUUCGAUUCAGGAUUAUAAAGCUAAGUUAAAACAUUUGCCUUUGAAAAAAUUCACAUGUAAAUUAAAAUCCUUCACUUCACAGUCAAUUCAGGUGGUAGGAGAAAUCACGGUUCAUGUGGAAUUGGCGAACUCGGCAGUGUUUGAAGUUCCAUUGAUCAUUGUGAAGAAAAAAGAGAAUUUCAACCCUCUCUUGGGACGUUGCUGGCUUGACACGAUGAAUCCUAGUUGGAGGAAAAGUCUGGUCUUCAACGUGAAUACUCCAACUGAAACAGGUGUCGUGAAUACGAUUAAUACCGAUAUGCAAAAACAAAUACUGAGUAAGUACCCGUCUGUUAUUUCUCAAAAUCCAAAUCAGGCGAUUGUGGGGUAUAAGGCUGAUGUUCAAGUUCAAUGUCAACCCAUAUUUCACAGAGCAUAUCAGGUGCCUAUCAGGCUCCAAGAUAAAGUAGAGGCUGAAUUGAAUCGUCUAGAGUCCGAAGGGAUAAUUGAAAAAGUCUCACAUUCAUUAUGGGCCAGUCCAAUUGUCGUGGUACCCAAGACUAAUGGGGAUAUUCGGUUGUGCAUGGACGCUAAAGUAACAAUAAACCCAUUUAUGAAAGUUGAUCAAUAUCCUUUGCCACAUAUUGAGGACAUUUUUACGUCUUUGGUCAAUU